UGGCCAAUGAGCACUCCAUUAACCCCAAACUUGCCUGUAAGAUCACUGCAAAAAUGGCCAAUGAGCACUCCAUUAACACCAGACUUGCCAGACAAGGGAUUCUGUAACACGCUAAUAAUAAGAACUUACUUGUUGCUUUACAGUUUUUGAAAAGAUCUACAUAUAUGGCCUUAUUAAUAAGCCUUAUUACUAACUCCAUUAUGUAAUGGAAUUGUAACUGAAUCUUAUUCUUUCUAUAAAACUUUUAUGAUGACAAAUUUGGUACACUGUCAGAGAGUAGCCAUGGUAAUGUUAUCUUAUUAUUACUACCCUUUUAUAAUAUUGGUGUCCAGUACCCUACUGUCCCUCUUUUGCCCCCAAGGUCAGUCCUGCCUGUGUCUUUCUAUAUAAACUUGGACCUAAUGAUACCCUUUCACUGUCUGCUGUCCUUUACUGACUAAAUGUGUCAAUUUAAAAUUUGGAGAAACUGUUUAGUUUCUGUUAAACAUGUCCAACUAUUUCAUCACUAACAUUUUCCAUGUGUGCCCUGACCAGCCCUCCCUCAUCCUGCCUCUUUCCUACGCUUUCAUUUCAUUUCCCUCCAUGUGCCCAGCACUGGACUCAUCUCCCUUUUGCAGGAAGAGAUAUACAAAGUAGAACACAAUAUGCAUCUGGCCUUUUGCACACUCCUCUCCACGAAUGUAUUCUUCUUACUCUUCAUGCUGCCUCACACUCCUUCAGGGAAAAAGUUCCGUUGGUGCACUCUUUCUGAUUUGGAGCAGAGGAAAUGUUCUCAUCUGGCACGAACUCUGCAAACUAUACUACCUGCCAGUCAUGCUUUCUCCAGGGUCUCCUGUGUCCGAGCCCACACUACACAGGAUUGCAUGAGCAAAAUAAGGGGAAAUAAAGCUGAUGCUGUGUCACUGGAUGCAGGGGAUGUGUAUACAGCCAUCAAACAGUAUGACCUGGCUGUUGUAGCAAAGGAGCGACACUCAGACGGAAGCUGUGUAUAUGCCGUGGCUGUGGCCCGGCGUGGCACUCUCAAUAUCCACAAGUUAAACAGAACUCGGUCUUGCCACAAUGGAGCUCGAUGGACAUCAGGUUGGAAUAUUCCCUUUGGAUUUUUCCUCUCAAAGAACCUUUUACAUUGGGAUGAGGAACAGCCACUCAGUAAAGUUGUAAGCGCAUAUUUUAAUGCCAGUUGUAUACCAGGGAUUGGAAUUGCUUCUCCCAAUCUGUGUGAGCUAUGCCAGGGAUCCAAAUCCUAUGUACGGGACAGGAAUAAUUUCUGUGAGAUUAGUAGCAAUGAACCAUUUGCUGAUUCUGAUGGAGCAUUCAGGUGUUUGAAAAAUGGUGGAGGGGAUGUGGCAUUCAUGGAUCACCUGGCUAUAAUGACUCCAACAGAGUCUGAAAUGCAGGAAUUUGAACUCCUUUGUCCUGAUGGUUCCACUGCUAAUCUGAGCUCUUUCCAGUACUGCAAUCUGGGUCAAGGACCUGGAAAAGCAAUUGUCACUCGUGGUCACCUCCACAGAGUCACCAAGAGAUUUCUUGUGCUGAUCCAGGAUUUAUUUGGCCUCAAAAGAAAAGAAAAGCGAAGGUUUUCUCUUUUUAGUUCAUUGCCCUUUGGGGGACAAAAUCUUAUGUUUCAUGACUCUACUCUCGAACUGCAAAUCCUGGGCAAUGAGGCUGAUGUGUCUUCAGUUCUUGGGAUGGACUAUGUGGCUCUCCUUAAAGGACUUGGACAUGAAGGUAUUUCACUGGAUCACAGUGUCAUCCGCUGGUGUUGUAUCAGCACUGCUGAACUGCAGAAGUGUGAGGACUGGGCAAUGAAUGUGAAAUCAGAUCCUCUGGUCUGUAUCCUGACAACAUCACUUACAGGCUGUAUUGAGAUGAUCAAGAGAAAUGAGGCUGAUGCUGUUUCAUUAGAUGCUACUCAUGCAUACAUUGCAGCAAAAUGUGGGCUGCAGCCAGCGGCUGUGGAAUACUGGGGUCAUGUGUCUGAAUGCCCGACUGAUCCUUAUCAAAUGCCACUCAAUAUUACAGAGAAAGGUUUUCCAACUCUUUUUGCUCUGGCAGUGACAAAGAAAAGUAACAGAGCCGUAAGUCUCUCUGGAAUGAGCAGCCGGCGUUCUUGUCACGGAAACAUUUAUAGUGUUGCUGGAUGGCUGCUCCUUUCUAAAUACACUGUGCGGGGGAAUAAGAAUGACACAUGGGACUGUGAUAUUAACUCAGCUUACAAGAACUAUUUCUGGAAGGGGUGCAUGCCUGGAGCAGAGCACAAUCUGUGCAAGGUGUGUAUUGGCUGGGAAGAGGGCGACAGACUCAUGGGAAGGUGCACUGCCAAUCACAAGGAGAGGUAUUAUGGCAAUCCAGGCGCACUCAGGUGCCUAGUUGGAGAUCCAGAAGGUCGUAGCUUUGGGGAUGUUGCAUUCCUAGAACAUCAUUCUUUGCUUGAAAACAUUGAAAAUCUGGAGAGCUCAGGUUGGGCUCAUGGAUUCAGUGCCUCAGAUUUUGAAUUACUUUGCCCAGAUGAAAGUCGUGCAGCUCUGACAGACUGGCAUAAUUGUAACCUGGGCACAGUUCCACCCAAUGUUGUGAUGACAAGGCCAAUUAUCACAGCCAAAAUUUAUGACUUCAUCAUAAAAUCUCAGGAUGGGUUACGACCUGAAAAAGGCUCUGACUUUCAACUUUUUCAGUCAAGGAAGAUCUAUGGAGAGGGUGACUUGCUCUUUAAAGAUUCAACCACUUGCCUAUUACCAGCCAGUCAUCUGAGGCUUCAGGAGUUGUUAGGGGAAAGCUUCAUACAGUUGGCAGACUCAGUCUUCAAGUGCACACAGUCAGCUAUUUUAGAUUUCUGCAAAACAGAUAUAUGCGCAGACCCCAUAAAUUCAACUCAAUAUGAUUCCAAACCAUGAUACAGCCUCAAGAUAACCUGAAAUCAGAGUACAGCAAGCAACAAUUCACUCUUUUCAGAAUGACUUUGUUCUCGCUUAUUUGGAUAAGUUGUAUUUGUUUUCCAAAGCAAACAUCUGGUUGUCUCGUAACAGAAAGUAUAUAAUUAAAUCAUUUUUGUAAUUAAA